AACAGUAUAUCCUCCUGCAAGACAUCAAGUCACAAAAAUUUGGUAGGACUACUUGUAACUUACUUUUACUAGUGACAUUGUAGCAUAGAGUGUCACGUGUCAAAGAUUCCAACGCAGUUAAAAUAAUUAACGUAUCAGCAGGGCAAAAAAAAUAUGUUUGAAGGAAGAUCAAUAUUAAAAAGUAGGCUACAUAGGCGACAGAAGACAAUAAUGACGUGGGAAUUAUACAGCAGAGAAACUUUACGGAUCCAUUUGCUGCUGAGGUUUCUGCUCUAUUUUCACCUGGCGUCCGUGGUUGGAGCAAAUGGAGACGUGGCCCAUCCUCACACCCGCCUGACUGUCAACGCCCCCCACCUUUCCUACAUGUGCGAGGUGGGUGCCAACGUCACCCUGCUCUGUGCCCAGAGAGGUGCCAAGCUGCACCCCUCGGACCACCUGCAUCAAAGCUGGCUUUUCACCCCCCACUCAGCUGAGCAUUGCCAUGACAAGGUGCACCCCCGCGACCACAAUCACCGGGGCAACCAUUCCAGUGUGGCUCUUCCUUGGGGGGUAAAGUACGGGGCAAGCGAAGAGUCUUUCUGGGUGCAACUACAGCUUGUCAACAAUUCUGACCAAGGGCGUUACUGCUGCCUCUCCCUGGAUAUUAACAAUGGCAAGGUGGUGCAGAGGACGCAUAGCCACGUCUUUCUCACUAUCACACCUCGGAAAAGAGACGAGUCGAAAUGCACUCUAUUGGACAUCAAGCCAGCAGAAGGGUCAGUGACUGCAGGCCUGGCCACAGCUGCUUGCAUCAUGGCUAUUCUCUCGUUGCCCAUCAUCCUGGUGUUAGUGUACAAGCAAAGGCAAUCUGCCCAGUCCAGCCAACGUGCACACGAGCUGGUGAGAAUGGACAGUGAGGCUGCGGGCCAUGAGAACCCAGUAUUUCUGGGGGUCUCACCCCCGGGCCAGGCUAAGACCAGGACUGUGUCUCAAAUCAUGACCAGGCAGUCCUCAGAGACCGGCCGACACCUGCUUCUGUCCGACCCUGGCACCCCCCUAUCUCCUCCCGCACACGGAGUUGUCUUCUUCCCAGAACAGGUUUCCUGUGUGUAUCAACAAUGGUCCACCACCCAAAGGACAUCCAGCCAACUUGACACAACGGUGUAAAGCAUUGGCGUCAACAUCAACCAGCAUCCCUGUGGAUGAUAUCUAAAGUAAUGUGAGCAUUGCCUUGUGAAAGACACUUACUUUAGAUGAAGAUGUAUUGCAAUGUGAAACAUGUAUUUCUAGAUGGAACACUUAUUAACUUUGGUGAAAAAGUGACUGUAUGAUUUUGUGUGUUGUGCUUAGAGUUUUGAAACAAGAGUUUACCACAUACUUGUGAAAAUUGCACCAAAAGCGAGAAAAAAAUGUAAAUACACAAAUGGCCACCUUCCACACGCAUGCAAGUACAUACACAUAGCUGUUGACACAGAGAAGCAGACAGCCAAGUAUUGAUAUUGCACAAGAGUUAACUGCUGUCAUUUUAAUUUCCACACAAACACAACCAAAGUCUGACGUAAUAUAAGCUUACCAUUGCUUUACACGCCUGUCACAGCACAGAGCAUGAAACAUCCAGUUUAUGAAGGCAGUCUUAGCUAAAACACACACACAGCUGGCUUUAGUGUGACGUGACUAAGGAAACUGGUAUGCACAAAAAGUCAAAUCCAGUUUCACUCCCCAUUCCCACUCCCCACUGGAUAGAGCAUGGCUGCACCACAACAUUUACCUCCUCUGACUCCUCCCCCUCUGACCCUCUUAAUGUCCAGACCUGGGUUAAAAUACUAUUCAAAAUCUUUCAAAUAUUUUAAGUAUUUGCUAUAGCCUACUUGGAGUCCCAGAUGAGCAGCAUUCACAGUUUUGCAACUAUUCUUCUGGUUCAAUUGAGCCAGGCAAGUUCAAUCAUGCCCUUUAUUCCUGGGGAACCUGUACAGACAUUCCCGGUUUCCUGGUAGCCAAGUCUUGGUGGAACAGAGAGGAGAGAGGGCCUGUCUUAGAUAUAAAGGAUUGUUCCACAGCUGAUUCUCUAACGCAUACAUACAUAGGCUCACUUCAUGUUUUCUGCUUAAAAAUAAUAGCCCACGCUGACCUUCAACUCAGUGGAAUUUUAGCAUCAAUAGUUUCCGCUUUCUUUUUCAGAGUUUCACAACACUGGUCUAGAACCUCUUUCUGGUUCUGCUUUUGACUGACACAUCUUAUUCGUCCUAUUCUAUGAAAUGCAGACUGUCUGUAGAAUUGCUUGUGUCUUGUACAGAAUGUGCAGUAUUCUUUAUCUAUUUUGGGGGGACUGUGUUGGCAAAGUAUUGAGAAAGUAUUGAAACAUUUAUGUACAAAUAUUUAGUUUCCUCAUCAGUCACAAAUGUUCCCUAAGCAAAUAUUACAACAGACCAACUUACAGUAUCUGAUGCAGUAACUAACUUCCCUCUCUUGGUGUGUGUGUACAGUGAGCUCCAAAAGUAUUGGGAUAGUGACACAUUUUUGUUGUUAUUUUGGCUCUGUACUCUAGCACUUUUAAUUUGAAAUGAUACAAUGACUAAGGUUAAAGUGCAGACUGUCAGCUUUAAUGUGAGGGUAUUUUCAUCCAUAUAACUGUUUAGAAAUUACAGCACUUUUUGUACAUAGUCCCCCAAUUUUAGGGGACCAAAAAGUAUUGGGACAAAUUCAUUUAUGUAUAUUAAAGUAGUCAAACAUUUAGUAUUUGAUGCCAUAGUCCUAGCACGCAAUGAUUACAUCAAGCCAGGCCUAGUCGCCCAACAUCAGUGCCCGACCUCACUAAGGCUCUUGUAGAUGAAUGGAAGCAAAUCCCCGCAACAAUGUUCCAACCAUCUAGUGGAAGGCCUUCCCAGGAGAGUGUAGGCUUUAUAGCAGCAAAGGGGGGACCAACUCCAUAUUAAUGCCCAUGAUUUUGGAAAUAGAUGUUCGACGAGCAGGUGUCCACAUACUUUUGGUCAUGUAGUGUAUCAUACUACACCCAAAAAUGCUAACCUUCCAUGUUAUUGUAAUGGUGAGAGGUUAACAUGUCUUGGGGGUAUGAUAUUUGUACACCUCAUCAUUAUCCAUUCAUGCAGGACUAUACGUAAGCAUGGUAGCAUCCACAUUAAUGUAGACAUGUUUAGAAAUAGUAUAUUCUUAUUUAGAAUACAAGUGACUCCAAAAUGACAUUACAUUAUUUACCAUUCAUUUCUAUUGGGCACGAAAUAAUCUGAAACUCAACCAAAACAAACACCAAAUGCACCCAACAAGUUUGUAGAGUCACAAGCUAGAUGAAUUCAUUGCGUGCUAAGAAUACAAAAUGUUUGACUACUUACAAUUUGUCCCAAUACUUUUGGUCCCCUAAAAUGAUGGGACUGUGUACAAAAAGUGUUGUAAUUUUUAAAUGGUUCACCCACUAUGGGUGAAAAUGCCCUCAAAUUAAAGCGGUCAGUCUUUACUUUAACCUCAUAGUCAAUGUAUCAUUUCAAAUCCAAAGUGCUGGAGUAGAGAGCCAAAAGAACCAAACAUUUGUCACUGUCCCAAUACUUUUGGAGCUCACUGCAUGCGUGUGUGUUUUCUAGAUCCCAUCCUAGAGUCUCCUGAUUUCCUGCAAGUGUAGAGAGAAGCAGUCAAUGGCUCCCUAACCCAGAAACACCUUGUGGUUAGUUAUUCAUUGUCACUCUGCCAUGUCACCCUGAAGCCUGUCUCACAACCUUCUCUGCUGGGAGAGCUCUCUCUCUGUGUACCACAUCCUGGAUGGAUGGGAGAGGGAAGGAGGGGACAGUUUCUUCUAAAAUAAAUGUUCCACCUGCAACAACAACUGGAGGAGGCCAAAGAGGGGGGGAUUUGUUCUCGACACUUGUGUUGCAGUGGGGGCCCGCUAAGUAUGUGACGCACCGUCUGACCACUGACGACAGCUCAAGGACCAGCAGGUGCUCCUGAUCUGAUGUCCCAGGACUGUACUGAGGAGGAUGGGGAGAGUGUGGGUGCAGGGUGGGCUGUAGAGGAUACAAAGCAACUCCCGUGGACUCUUGAUGACAUGCUCCUCACCAUUUCCCUCACCAUUUUCUCCAAAGAGAUUUCCCCCAUAUAGGGCCCGUUCCCCGGACACAGAUUAAGCAUCAAUCUAGACAGAAAACAGUGUAAACUUUGGUUUAGACAUUUGUUUUCCACUAAUAUUUGACAAACCUAUUUUUCAGUGGCAAUUGACGAGAAUGACUAGACAGACCUAGAAAAAACGAACUGAACGAAAGUGAUUUUUCAUUUCAGUUGACUAAAAUGAGACAUGACAACAUCUAUCUAUCUCUGUGAUUAAAAUCUGACUCUUUAGUGGACAGGACAAUAGUUUUUGAACAAAUCUAGCACUUUUCAGUGAUAAGCACAAUUAAUAUUAGCAGGACAGAUGUAGUUCUUUUCAGCAGUAGGAAGGAUGCACCACACCCGGCACACACAGCCUCCAUCAGCUGGUGAGCUGGGGGGGAGCAAGCGAUGAGUGUGGACAGGCUUCGCUCCAGCUCCGUCUUCGAUUAGACACAUUGCGCAGGCAACUCUUCUUAAUUUCCCGAUAUUGCGCAGGCAACUCUUCUUAAUUUCCCAUAGCUAACCAGUCACCACUAGCAUUCUAGUCAGCUACCCUUUGCCUGGUUAAGAAACACAAGCUGCUUUACAAAAUGUAAAACAAUAGCAGCAUUGAGUUUAAUAGUACAACUACAGUCUAGCUAUGUUCUUCUCUUCCUUGAGUAGAGAAAAGUAGGCUGUUUUUUGAAUUUGUAGACUUCGCGCAACCCUCCCACUUUCCCCACUGCCUUUCAUAGACAGGUUCUGUAGCCAAGUCUCCCUCUUUUCCUCAGAGAAAACGCUUGAUGGUAGCCCUUACUGUUCAAAAGAUAUGACCCGGCUCUAUGUUGUUUCUUUUUAUUGUGCAUUGGCGGGCUGCAUUUUAUAUUCAUAAAGAAUAUUGUGGGCCGUGCUAAAAGUAGGCUACUUGCGGACCAGACCGUUAACCAUUUGUUUAGACUACACCUUGUUCAGUCAUGUUACCUCAAUAGCUAGCUAUAGCUAACAAACUGGGGCUCGUACAGCAGUAUGCAACUUUUUGGAAUGUUCAGAUAGAAAUAUGCUAUGUAGAACAAACAUGCCUCUGACAUUUUGCUACUGAACGUGGCUCUGGUAUUACCAGUAGCCCACUGUAUAUGCAAACAUUUGGUGGCACAGAAAGAAAGGAAUUGCAAAAAAUGUAUUGACUAAAUUCUUCUUGCCACUACACCUAUAUCUGACUCGGUAAAUAUCUGACACUGUGUACCCAGUGACUCGAGCACUGGGUACACAUGGCUCUGAUAUGGCUCUGAUAUGCAUAUUCAGCACAUUUGCUUGUGCCAAAGUGAUCAGGGUAGUAAGAGAUACCCAUGUGCUGACAGUAGUCUUUUAAGGCCAUUUCCAACCAGCCUUAAACAAUUGUUUCUAAAAAUGUGUUUCUCUGAGCUGUUGUAACGAGACCAAAGCCCCACUUUUAUUUAUCUAAAUGUCCCAUUCUUGUGUUGUUCCUCUUUCCCCUUUUAUAUAUUUCACUACCUAAAAUACUGUGUUUCUGUAACCCCCCUCCAUCCAUCCCUUCCCUUUCCUCGCUCUUAUUCCUUCCCACACCCUUCUCUGCACGUAACAAUGUCCAAAUAUUCAACCAGUACUAGAAACUGUCAAAUAAAUAUUAGAGAUAUAUUGCUAUGCUGGAUGGUCUGUUUUUGAAGAGAAGUGUCCAUUUUGGCUUGUGGAUGGAUCUAGUAACCCAAACUCAAUGAGCCAAAUGCCUUCACUGCCAAGAUGACCAACGUGUUUAUUCCAUGGUGUUCUUGUGAUAACUGUUUUGUGAUAUCCUUUGGCAUAUUUAGUGCUUAUACUUGAUUAUUUGUUAUCUUUAUGUUUAUCUAUCUGUAUGUAUACAUAAGGGAAUUGAAAAGUUGUUGACCAAAGCACAAUCAGACAGAGAAGGACAGUGAAAUCAUGUGUGAAGUCGACUAAACUGGCAUUUCAGACAUGAUGUUUAGAUUGUCUCUACGGUAGUGAUAGGUGGCUAUCGAAUACUACUGUAGAUAUUAGAUAAGGGGUGUUCAGUGAAUUGUAAAAAAAAACACCCUGAAAUUUGUCAUAUGUGUGUGUGUGUGUGUGUGUGUGUGUGUGCGUGUAAUAGCCAAACAGCUGCAGCUUUGGCAACACCAUAUGAAAUAAAGCCUUUCCCAAAAAUAAUGAAAUAAAAUGCUGAUGUAAUUUUUUUCUAUAAUAAAUCGGCGCUCUUAAACCUUU